CUAGUGCUUGUAAAUACCUUCAAGUGCAGUGUUCGUGAAUACACCAAAACAGCUGCUUUUGCAUUUAAACGUAAACAAAACUAACAAAUUUUUUUUGGAUUUAUAAUGCUGUUGCAACGCGUGUGGUUGCCACAAAUAAACAACCACCUGCGAAAAUACGCCAAAAAGUCCCGCGCCCACUUUAAGCCAGCCAUGGCCGUGAGCAGGCGCAUGGUCCACCAGGAGAUCCUGCAUUAUGUAAACCCCUUUGCCAGGAUCAACGUAAAAUCCGAUGUUUUUCUGCGCAUCCAGCCAGCGGAUGUCCAUCAGUACACCAGCGGAGAUGUUUUCAUAGCCCAAAUGCACGGUGGUCAAGUCAAGAACUCCAAUGUCUCGCUGGAUGUGAAAAUAACCGAUGAUGACAAGGUGGUUAAUGUGGUGGUCAAGCAACUGGUGGAGCAGCCCUCGCAGUUCGAGUGCAAUCUGCAAAUUCCAGUGCGAUCCGAUGUCUCCGUGGAGGCCAAAGGCAGUGUACGGGUGGAGGGAGUCCAGAGUGAGCUCCUGCAAGUCAAGGCAGAAGGCGGAAUCCUGACCAAAAAUGUAAAGGCUACCAACAUUAAACUGUACAGCGAAAAUGGCAACAUCAACUGCCAGGGCACGCUACUGGGCAAGAUCACCGAAAUAGAGACGCGUAAUGGGAACAUUUCCAUGGACAAACUGCAGGGAGACAACCUGAAUUGCUCCACCAACGCUGGCAGUAUUAUAACCGACUGUUGCUAUGUGGAAAACUCCAAGUUUCAGACACAAACAGGACGCCUAGAGCUCAAGAAUGUCCACAAGACCAGUCAAGUGCAUGUCCACCAGUCGGCAGAAAUCAACAUGACUGGAGUACAUGGCAAUCUCCAAGUAAUGACCAAAGGAGGCAGCCUAAAUGUCCAACUAUCUGAGCUGGUAGGUCACAACAAAAUCGAUGCCCACAACUUGGAAGACGAGGCUAUCAUUCACAUAUCCCAAGCCAUUGAGCAGGAUCUUCACAUAGAGGUGACAGCCUCUGAAGUAAAAUUGGAAACCGAACUGGAGCAUGUAGCCCAUGCUCUGAACGAAGAAAAGAGCAAAUUCCUCCUCAACAAUUCGAAUACACAUCGUCUGCAGGUCAGCAGCACUGGCGGUAAAGGCGUUCGACUGGGAAAACAAUCAUGGAGCGAUAUGAUGCGCCAAAAGCUGCAAGCCAUUGGAACCGAAGCGCCCUAGUUAAAGACGGAUACUCACUAAGUUACGAAUAUAUUGUGCUGCAAGCUACAAUCUCAGUCA